CUCAAGAAUGAGUCUGGUUCAUAGAUUAAAGCUUAAUGCUACCAGAGUUAUAUCUAGUUAUCAUCAAUCAUUUGCGAGAGAUUAUUAUGGUUCAGGAGGUAACAAGAGCAGAAGAAUAUCACAGCUCGAGAGUUAUGUGCUGGAUGAGUGCAAGUCUGGAAGGAUUAAGAAGCUUGAUGAUGGCUUGAGAUACUUUGAUCAAUUGAUUUAGGAAAGGCCAUUACCUUAUAAUGAUACAUUUAAUCAUGUAUUGGGUUCAUUAUCGAAGAUCAAGUGCUAUUCAGAUGUCAUUAUGUUGUAUAAGAAGAUGAGUUUGGUUGGAGUAAAACCCGAUAUCUAUACAUUCAGCAUUUUGAUUAAUUGCUGUUGUCAACUAGGUAAAGUAUUUUACGGGUUUUGUUUGCUUGGAGAGAUAUUAAAGAGAGGUCAUCAGCCUGAUGUUAUCACGUUCACUACACUGAUUAAAGGGUUGUGCCUUCAAGGAAAGAUUGAUUUUGCACUCAAAGUGUUUGCUAAAAUGUCUCAAACAGGUAUUCAACCUAAUGAGUUUACAUGUAAUACUCUUAUACAUGGGUUUUGUUCAACUGAUCAAGUGGGUCUUGCUCUUCAGUUAAAAAAUAACAUGUCUAAAUGGAAUUGCAGACCAGAUGUUGUUUCAUAUUGUGUGAUAAUUGAUGCACUUUGUAAAGGAGGUUUAGUUGAUGAAGCUUUGGUUGUCUUCUCUCAAAUGCACAGAGAUAUAAAUAUUGUUGCCGAUCUAGUUGUUUACAAUUCUUUGAUUGACGGACUAUGCAAUUCAGGCCAGUUAAAUGAGGCAAAGAGACUCUUUGACGACAUGGUUAGUAGAGGAAUCUCAGCAGACGUAACAGCAUAUACUUGUAUGAUUCAUGGUCAUUGCCUACAUGGACAACAAGAAGAAGCAAGAAGAUAUUUUGAUGAAAUGAUGCAUCGAGGAAUUUCACCCGUUACGGUUACUUUUAGUAUAUUGAUAGAUUCACAUUGUAAAGAUGGGAAAACGGGAGAUGCUUGGGGACUAUUCAAAUUAAUGGACAGGGUAAAUAUAAAACCUGAUCGGAUUACUUAUAACUCAAUGCUCGAUGGUCUGUGUUUGGCAGGUCUUUUGCAAGAUGCGGUGAAACUGUUUGACUCGAUGGUAGAUAGGGGCCUUAAACCCGAUGUUAUCAGUUGCAGUACAUUAAUUGAUGGGUAUUGCAAGAACCGUAAGUUGGAUGAAGCUAUGCAGCUUUUCAAGAAAAUGAAAAAAAAUGGAUUGGAACCCACAAUAGUUACUUACACUAUACUAUUAAGGGGACUAUACCGGGAUGGAAGAAUGAAGACUGCUCAGAGGUUUCUUAAUGAGAUGCAAUCUUUUGGUGUAUCUCCAAAUGAAGUCACAUACUAUACAAUUUUGGAUGGUCUCUGCAAGAAUGGAAAAAUUGUGGAUGCAAUGGAAUUGCUCGAAUCCAUGGAGGGUACUGAUAUCUUACCUAAUGUUGAAAUGUAUAGUAUCCUUAUUCAUGGUUUGUGUCAGGCUGGCCGGUUGGAUGAUGCAAGAAAACUAUUUAGUGAGAUUCCAGAAAAAGGAUUAGUUCCUGAUUUCGUAACAUAUACCACAAUGAUAGCUGGACUCUUUCAUCACAGGAUGUUCUUGGAGGCUAACAAAUUAAUCAUCCAAAUGGAAGAGAAAGGUUGUUCACCAGAUUCUAGAACAUAUGAUACCAUCAUCAAGGGUUUUCUUGAAGGGAAGGACACUGAGAAGGCCUUACUGUUUCUUCGCAAGAUGCGUGAAAGAAAAUUUGCACCAAGUGAUUCUGUUGUAUCCUUGUUAAUAAGCACACUCCCAGCAGGUGAACUAAAAAAUCUUCAGCUGUUUUUCUGAUAACUUGUUAUUCGUUGAGGAUAACAGUAAAAAUCUGAAGACCUUGUGGGGCAUGUAUGUGCUUGAUAUUUUUGAUUAUGGAUAUUUAUUUCUCUCAAGUUCUUAUUAAUCUUUCUUGCCUUAAUCCAGUUACUCCUGUCGUUAAUGGUAGCACGGUAUAUUAUACUUUUUGAAAAGCAACAUAGUAUGAAAUUCUGUUAUCCAGGUUUUGAAAUUCUUGUUGAAAAAAAAGUGUUGGCAAUGUAAGGUUCCAGGCUACUGCUGUGAUUAGGGAUGUCGUUGUCGGUGAUGGAAAUUUCUUUCAGACAAAUUUGAGAAGCUUGAUAUGGUACAUAGACAGGGUUAUCUUGUACAGUUUGAUAUUUUAUGGCCAUCAGCAUUGUUCUUGGUUCUUCAGCUGACACUACAAGUAGUAUAUCAUGAGUCUAAGAUGCCCAGCUGUAGUCUCUUCACUUGAGCUUCUGGUGCACUGUUCUAUGUUGGAUUUCAGUUAGAACUUAACAUGUAUACACUUUUUCAUAUUUCUGCAUCUUUGGUUUGUAUUUUUUGCCUGUAAUUUCUUAUGUAAUGUUCAAAUUCAUUCAUUUGAUGGUUUCAGCAGUGGCAGCUCCGUUUCUGAAAGAGGAUAGUUGCCAACUGAAUCUCAUGCAGGCAUAUCUGCGGGUUUUUUAUCUGCCUCUCUUUAUCUGUAGGGCAGUAGACAGAAUGAGAUAUCUUGACAAAGAUAGAUUGAGCAAGACUUAUCGCUCAUGCAAAACAUUGUGGGUUUCUAACACUUUCAUAUGAUAUGGAGCAUCACAUGAAAUUUUGUGCUAGAGAGUUUGGAGGAGAUAAGGACAUUUCAAAAUGAAAUGGUGUUAUUAAUAUACAUGGUUUAAUAUACAUUAUCAAAUGUAUUGCUGACUUUGCUAUUACACUCUAUUUCUAUGGACGCCAUGGUUGAGGUCGUUGCAAGAUUCUUAUGGAGGUUGUGCGAGAUCUUAUGUUUUGAAGUUUGUGAAUCAAAUGACAACAAGUGUUACUGUCAUUUCCUCCCUGCUGAAGAGACCAAUGGAAUCUAUUAUUCCAAGGAACUGACCAUGUAAAGGAGAAGUUCUCAAAUGCAAGUCCAUUUCGUCAACCCAAUGGAGAAUCAGAACAAAGUCACUUGAAGGCUCAGGUUGACAUGACACCAUCAAGUGUGUACAUUGCAAUUUAUUUGUCCCUUUGGUACUUUUGCAUCUAGACGUUAUACCCUGUGGUUACUAUAAAGCGCCGGCUAUUUUUCAGAGAUGAUGCAUCUAUACGUUAAGCGCAUUAUUAAGAGAGUUCUUCGUCGGCGGUGGUGGAUUUAUGGUCUUCUCCCCAAAUAACUGCUGUUACAGAUGAUGUGAAUAUAACCUUCUCCAUCGUAUCUGUCUGGGCACAAGCUUCUAAUACGUUAUGAGCAGCUCUAACC